AUGCAUUUAGGUGCACAAAAGCUAGCUCUUAAGCAAAAAGAAGCAAAACUAGCCGCAGCUUUUCCCAAAGGGAUACGAUGCCAGAAAUGUCUGGAAUAUGGCCACUGGAGCUAUGAAUGCCAGGGCAAGCGCAAGUAUCUUCAUCGUUCAUCCCGUACCCAGGUGCUGAAAAAGAAUCUGAACAAAAUCGGCACAAAAAAUGGUGAUUCAGCGUCGGGAAAAGAGUCAUCCGGAGCAAUGAAAAGCACCAGUAAGUCGUCCGAGCAGAAAAAGAAAACUUCUGGCACCGAGUCAUCGGAUAACAGCGAUGAGAGCGAUAGCAGCAGUGGUAGCAGCACUAGUAGCAACUCUAGCAGCAGUGAUUCCGGCAGUAGCAGCGGCAGCACUAGCGGUAGCGGAAGUUCCUCCAACAGCAGCAGCUCGAGUGAUAGCAGCAGUAGUGACGAUGAAAAUUCCUCCUCGGAGGAUGAUAAAGUCAAGAAAAAGACCCGCUUAAUCAAGAGAAAGAAGCCCACCAACGGUAGCCGAAAAUCGGAAAGCGUAAAAAAGACAAAGGGUAGCAGAAAAGACGUCCCGAAAGGUAAGGGAACGAAGGAUGAGAGUAGCAGUAGCUCCAGUGAUAGUAGUAGCAGCAGCAGCAGCAGCAGCAGUAGCGAUAGUAGCAGUUCUAGUGAGGAUUCAUCCGCAUCGGAGAAGGAGCGAAAAAGGAGGAGAAAACGCCGCAAGGAAGGCGAAUAA